AUGGCAGCACACAUCAAGAUCCAACCGGAUAUCGACUCUCUAAAGCAAUUGCAGAAGGAAAAUGACGAUAGUUCCAUUAACAUGUACCCUGUGUAUGCAUACUUGCCAUCAUUGGACUUGACUCCUCAUGUGGCGUAUCUGAAGUUGGCGCUAUUGAACGAUCCCGACAGAAAGGAAUCUUUUUUGCUGGAAAGCGCAAAGACUAAUAAUGAAUUGGAUCGUUAUUCAUUCAUUGGCAUUUCACCACGUAAAAUCAUCAAGACCGGCCCCACUGAAGGCAUCGAAACCGAUCCUUUGGAUAUCUUGGAAAAAGAAAUUUCUCCAUUCAGAGUGGCGGAAAAUGUUCCUGGUCUGCCCAAGCUGAGUGGUGGUGCCAUUGGUUAUAUUUCUUAUGAUUGUGUUCGUUAUUUCGAGCCAAAAACCAGUAGACCCUUAAAGGACGUUUUGAAACUGCCCGAGUCAUACUUAAUGCUAUGUGAUACCAUUAUUGCCUUUGACAACGUUUUCCAAAGAUUUCAAAUCAUCCAUAACAUUAAUACUAAUGAAACUUCGUUGGAAGAAGGUUAUGAAAUCGCAGUGCAAAUAAUCACUGAUAUCGUAUCCAAAUUAACUGACGAUUCUUCUCCAAUCCCAUAUCCAGAGCAGCCAGCAAUUAAAUUGAACCAAACUUUCGAGUCAAACGUGGGUGAGGAAGGUUAUGAAAGCCAUGUCUCCAUUUUGAAAAGUCAUAUCAAAAAGGGUGAUAUCAUUCAGGGUGUCCCAUCUCAAAGAGUGGCAAGACCUACUUCGUUGCAUCCUUUCAAUAUUUACAGACAUUUGCGCACUGUGAACCCAUCUCCCUACUUGUUCUAUAUUGAUUGUUUAGACUUCCAGAUCAUUGGCGCUUCUCCAGAACUGCUUUGUAAAUCAGAUGCCAAAAGCAAAGUCAUUACGCAUCCAAUCGCAGGCACUGUUAAACGUGGUGCUACUACAGAAGAAGACGACGCUUUGGCAGACCAGUUACGUGGCUCACUAAAGGACCGUGCUGAACACGUCAUGUUGGUUGAUUUGGCGAGAAACGACAUUAACAGAGUUUGUGAUCCGUUAACGACAAGCGUGGACAAAUUAUUAACCGUUCAAAGGUUUUCUCAUGUUCAACAUUUGGUUUCUCAAGUCAGUGGUACUUUGCGUCCGGAAAAGACAAGAUUCGAUGCAUUCAGAUCGAUUUUCCCAGCCGGCACAGUCAGUGGUGCUCCAAAGGUUAGAGCUAUGGAAUUGAUUGCAGAAUUAGAAGGCGAAAGACGUGGUGUUUACGCGGGUGCUGUAGGCCACUGGUCGUAUGAUGGUAAAACAAUGGACAAUUGUAUUGCCCUAAGGACUAUGGUCUAUAAGGAUGGCAUUGCCUACUUGCAAGCGGGCGGUGGUAUCGUUUACGAUUCCGAUGAGUACGACGAAUACGUAGAAACUAUGAACAAGAUGAUGGCUAACCACAGCACUAUUGUUCAAGCAGAAGAAUUGUGGGCUGAUAUUGUGGGAUCUGUUUGA